AAGACGUGAUCAGCCGCAUCUUCAGGAUCUACAACACAGCCAGGCCUCAGGACGGGUACCGCAUGGUGCAGCAGUUCCAGUUCCUGGGCUGGCCGAUGUACCGGGACACGCCGGUGUCAAAGCGUUCCUUCCUGAAACUCGUCCAUCAAGUCGACAAAUGGCAGGACGAGUAUGAUGGAGGGGAGGGGCGCACGGUGGUCCACUGCCUGAACGGGGGAGGUCGCAGUGGGGUUUUCUGCAGCAUCAGUAUCGUGUGUGAGAUGUUGCGUCAGCAGAGAUGUGUCGACGUUUUUCACGCUGUAAAAACACUGAGAAACAACAAACCAAACAUGGUGGACCUGCUGGAACAGUAUAAGUUCUGUUAUGAAGUCGCUCUGGAGUAUCUGAACUCUGCUUAGCCUCAAACACAGACGCUCCUUCAUCCUCGUCCUCGCUGAACAAGCUGCACACACAGACUGAGGAGGAGGGGGAGGAGCUAACUACUGACUGAAGAGGAGGAGGGGGAGGACUGAUAGUGAGGAAGAGGAGAUGUUUUUGCACUGAACUCUGUCACUCACCGUGUUUUUUUUUUCUUAUUUUAUUUUUCUUUGACUGAUGAAACUGAAAGAACCAAAACACUGUCACGCAUGAAAAGAAGAUUCUGCAUCCUCCCUGUUUUCUACGUCCGAGUGGAGCAUCCUGUCGGCUAACAGGAUCUAACUGAACUCGCCUCAGUGUCCUGUUUAGAAAGAAAAUCAGCUUAUGUUUGUCUGUGAAUCAUGGAAUCAAAUGUUGAUAUAUCCACCUUCAAGUCUGGAGAAGUUCACGGCAUCACCAAAGACAGAGAGCGAAGAACAUCUCAUUAUUACCAGAACAAAUAAACUUUAAAUGUAAUGUAACAUCCUUUCAUUUAAAUUAAAGAAGUUUAUAUCACAAAGAGGAUUCAGAGCAACAUCAUUCAGAAUAUGAGGGAGUGGAGACUACAGUCCUCAUCGUCUCUCUGCAUCUGUCAAUCAAUUAACUGAUCGAUCACUCAAUUAAUUAAUCAAUCAAUGUUUAGACAUUUUACAACCACAGCAGGUCGGGAUCUUUGUUUUCACAAAUAAAGACAAACAAUCAGAUCAUCAGGACCUCCGCGCUGAAACACGCUGAGACUUAUUGUGUCGGUUUCCUCUAAAGGGCAUGAUGGGAAAUGAAGUCUGUGUGAGAAACACACUAAAGAGUUGAAUUAUCAUCAUGAAUUAAGUUUAAUAAUAAGACAGCUGUUCUAUAAGCCCCGCCCCCAAAUGGUGACCUUCCAAUCAGAAUCCGUUUGUACAAAUCUUGAAUUUAACUGUUUAUUUGCUCUUAUGUUAGUUGCUAAUGUUAGCAUGGCUAACAGUUGUAAGCUAGUGUCACUUCACAAAGCUGGGUAAGCAUAGCAUUAGCAUAAAAAGGACUGCUUACUGUUAGCAUAGCAUCUGUGUUUGUUAAAGUCCUGAUUGUUAAACUCAGACAGAACAGUGUCUUUAUUUAUUUAUUUACUUUUUUGUUUUUUUAUAUAAUUUUUUACUAUGUUACAUUGAAGUCUGAAAGUUUGCGGAGCAACUUGCAUGUUGUGUUUCUCUAAUGUAUUAGAGUUUAAGCUAAUGUGGCGCUCUAUUGUGAUCUGUGUUUACACUCAAAACAACAACUCGAACCAAUCGUCCGUAAGAAAAACAUCUUGUUUGCUUACAGAGGUUAAAAAUCUGCACCAUCUUCACUGUAAAUAAUGUCUGUAAUGUAUAUGAUGUGAGCAUCAGGGGGCGGAGCUUAGAGAACAGUCACACAUUGAUUGUUUGGGUUUUGAUGAGUUUAGUUGACGAGUGUCAUCAGCAAGCAGUGAAAAAAGCAGCGAGGACCCAGAAGUGAGCCCUGUGGGAUACCAUACUCCAAAGAUUCAGCUGGUUAUUAGCGAUCACACAGGUAGAGGUCACGACACGAAUACAACAAAGACCAGAACAAACCAAUCAGAGACAAACUGAUUAACCAAUCAGCAGGCUGGAUUUAUUUCCUGAUUAAACAAACUUUGAAUGUGCUGAUAAAACAACGUCACAUCAAACUCCUUCACUGAGCGGUCUGCCAUGUCACAGAUUUAUGUUCACAGUUUGAAUAAAGUUAAAGAUAUAUGUUUCCAUGGAAAGAGCAAACUCUGAGGACUUAGUUCAAAAAAGUUAGUUGAGUUUAAAGACUUAACACAUCAGUUUUUUUUUGUUACCAGAGAGAGAUUUUAAAAGACAUGCAGACGUUCAGUUUGUCUUCUUCUGUGGUGUUUAAUUUUCAUCCCACCAUACAUGCUCAGUUCAGGUUCUGGUUUCUGUGUCGACUCUGUCUGCAGGAUUCUCCUCAGAAGCAUGACGAUGUUUUGGACGCAGGCGACGUGUUAAUAGUGUAAAUAAAGUCGGAGGAAGCAGGAAGAAGAAUAUUUAUUCCUUCAGUUGUUUCAGUGUCAAUGUUGUUCCUAUUGUUCUGAAGCACAAAGAGAGAGGGGUCAUGUUGGAUGAUUUUAAAAUGUACACCUUUAGAACCACCUAAUCCUGGUCACAUACAGCGCUGGGUUGAUUUAACCCAGGCUAUAUAUGGCUUUGGGUUGAUUUAAUCCUGGCUAUAUAUGGCUUUGGGUUGAUUUAACCCUGGCUAUAUAUGGCUUUGGGUUGAUUUAACCCUGGCUAUGUAUGGCUUUGGGUUGAUUUAACCCUGGUUAUAUAUGGCUCUGAGUUGAUGUAACACUGGUUAUAUAUGACUCUGGGUUGAUUUAACCCUGGUUAUAUAUGGCUUUGGGUUCAUUGAUUAUAUGUGGUUGUGGUCACUUAGUGUCUUGACUGAACCCUGUCUACAUAUGGCGCUGGUGCUGAUGAGAACUUGUAAUGAAAGCUUUUAUUUAUGUUGUAUGAUCCAAAAUAUUACAAAUAAAAUAAUUCUGUAUUCACUGUU